CCGCCGCACCUUCAACCUACCUACCUAUCAUUACCCAAAGAUCAAAGUCACUCGUUAUCCACCAUGCAGCUCAAGAACCUCGCCAUCACCUUCGCUAUCCUGACGAGCACGACCGUCUUUGCCGUCCCCUACGGCGGCCUGUUUGCUUGCCCCAACGACUGGUGGUACUGCGGAGAGUGCCACAACAACGGCUGCAAGAUCGCUGGCCUGGAUUACCCCUGCGGACAUGAAACCACUUGCAUGGGCGACAACGGUGGCAAGGGUGCUCUCUGCGGAACCAAGAACGGCGAUUUCUUCAACAUGGGCAAGGACAUCGAGUGCCCGGACAAGGCCUAAAUGGUCGUUGGUUAAUGGUAAUGGUUUAUUUUAAUGGUUUGGUUGGUCUGAUGGCAAACACUGCUGUGGUUGAUUGAAGAAUACCUUGUUAUACAUUUUACUGGCGAAUCUGAAAUGCGCAUCCUUUGCUCUGCUUUUCUUCAAUGAACUUUGAAUAUGCAGUUGUGUGCUGUACGACCGUUGGCCGUUAAAAGAGACCCGAUCACGUGUGUGAGACCAGCGAUCUAGAUAUCUUCGACAAGAUGAGGAUCAGCGUACAGAAGAUCUUCUAUCUUCACCUACGUCAUUGCAUCUGUGAGAGAAGAAAAUCA